AUGGCUGAGGAUGGUUUGCCUAAAAUUUAUUCUCAUCCUCCAACAGAAAGCAGUAAAACAUCACCUGAAGCAACCAUUUUCUUUGGGGCUGACAACACUAUUCCUAGAUCAGAAACAACUAUUACUUCAGAAGGAGACCACAUAACUUCAGUAAAUGACUAUACACUAGAAAGUGAUUUUUCAACAACUACAGUCAACAAACUUAUGUUUACUAAGGAAGGAUUCAUAUCAGAAGAUGAUAUUGAGACCCAGACUAAGUCAACAACUCAUCUGGAAAAAGAAGUUACUACUCUGACUGGCACUACACACUCCAUAGCUAAGGAUUCUAUUACUGAAAACUUCAUUCCAGUGAAAAUUGGAAAUGUUUCAUCCCCAGUCGAUACAGUCUCUUUAAUAGAUUUUUCCGCCAGCAAGGCAAAAGAAGAUAUCGUCUUGGCUACCAUUAAUGCAGAAGGUGAAGAUAUCUCCAUGAUUGCCGAAGUCUCUGGCACACUACAGGACAGCACUGCCAGGGUUACUGAUACCCCUGAAAUCAAAGUUAGCAAGACUAAUUCCUCAAUCAAAUCCAAGGUUCCUUCUGUUGGGGCUGUCCCAGUUACUGAUUCCUCUAUUCCUGAAGCUGAAAUCUCUCCAUCUACUGAAAAACACUUCACCACCAUUCCAGACAUAACUGACCUUACAGAAGAGAACAUAACUGAAAUUGACCUAAUUGCUUCAGAGGAUGACCCCAGCUCUAUUACUAAAGUCACUGACUCUGAUGAAGAAAACUUUAUUACAGUGUUUGAACUUACUGCCUCUGCUGAAAAAGACAAAGACAACCCAGAAGAUAAUCUAACUGAUGAGUCUACUGAUGAAGUCAAUGUUUGGAUAGAGAGAGGCAUGGCAAAUGAAGCAGAGACCCAUUCUGUUUUGCUUACUGCUGUUGAAUCCAGAUAUGACUUCAUUGUGCCUGCAUCAGCUGCUAUGAGCUUUUUGGGAGAACCAGCUACUAACAAAACAGAAGAUACACCUGAAAAUAAUACAGUGGAAUCUGUCAAGGUCACUGAGUCCCUUUCUGGAAUUACCCCUGAACUAGAUACCACAGACCAACAAAAAGAAGACACUUCUGCAGAUGAAACAGGUGUCUUUAAACUACUAAAAGAAGAUCCAGAUGAGUUCAUGAUUUAA